UCUCGAUGAUAUAAAUCGCAUAGCAGCAAAUCACUCUCCAUUUUCUCUCUUCUUCUUCAGAUUUGAAUCGAAGAAAGUGAGUGAUGGCGAAUCCGCGAUGGAGAUUGCGAGCAGGUGGAUAUGCGACAGCGAUUUGGGCCUUCAAGAUCACUUUUUUCUUCCUCGGCGUGCUUUUCGUCGGCGCCGCCGCCAGGGCCGCCGUCCCUGCGGCCGCAGGCGCUUUGGCCUCUUCCCUACCUGGACCCCGGGCGGCCUUCCUCUCCUGGAUCCGGCCGCCGUUCCUCUUCAUCGCUGUCCACUUCAUCAUCCUCGUCAUUUGGAAGCUCUCUGAUCAGAAGCAGCAGCGCGAGCAAUGGUCCGCGGAGGAGUUUGGGGAUCCCGAAAUGGUCAAAUCUUUCGACAAUUCGCGUUCUUCAAACAUCAAUCGUAAGCCCUCCACGGACAUCUGGAGCGAUGAGAUUUCGCAAUCUCCGUCGCCUGAUCUCACUGAGUCGUCCCAGUCCGACGCGUCCUGCCUCACCGUGGACUCCGUCGAGAGGUCCACCGCCUCUUCCGUGUCUUCAAUCAAGAAGAGCGCUGAACCGGAGUCGGAUAGAGGAGCUACGGUGGAGGAAGAGGAAGACUUGGCCGCGGCGCUGGCAAUCGCCGGCGUAGAAAACGACUCGAUGGAGGCGACUUGGAAGGCGAUAAUGGACAAGCCGUCUCGGACAGCUGCUCCGCCUUCAGAAGCGGCGUCGCCUGCCCCGUCGCGGCGGGACUAUAGGCCACUAGACCCGCCCCCACCACCGGUAGGUCACGACGAGUUGACCCAGCGAUUCGACGAGUUCAUCAAAAAAAACCACCAGCAGAUCCGAUUCCACACUAGCCGACGCCGGUAGUUGAAGAGUGAUCGUCUUCUCUUCUUCGACUCAGUAAAAACUUUCUACUGGAAGGAUGCUGCUUUGCUGCUAAAAAUCAAGCUUUUAGGGUUUUACUUCAAAUGCAGGGCUGCUUCUCUGAACUGGUGUUGCUGAUAAGAUUGGCUAGUGACUCAAGGUGAUCGACGAGGUGUUUGAUAGCAUUGAGAAUCAUCUUUCAAUCUUUUGCUCGGUACUAUUCUCUUAAUAGUUUUGUUUACUAAUGUUACAAGAUUAGUUCCUGCCAUUGUUCAGAGUUCAUGUGGAAUACUGUGUUUGUCGAUAAUUAGCUCGUUUAGUUUGUGAUUUAAAUUAAGUUGGAGGACCAACAAGACUUGUAUUCCAUUUUAUUACCUAAAUAUUUGUUCCAUUGACCUAAUGUUCAUGGUUUUGUGAUGCCCUUUGUUUCAAAGCCAAAAGAGUAGUCUUCCUGAACAGACUUGUUGAUUCUUUAGCAUUGACCGCUGACUAUUGACUAAUCAAUGGAUGAACAUGGAUGUCGAUCUGUUUGACCAUUUCUUCUUAGGUUUUACCUAAAUUUCAUUAAGUAGACAAUUAGUGUCUGUCACCUUAAAAAUUGUUUGACAUGUUGAACUGAUUUGAGUUAAAGAAACCAUAAUCCCCUCAAUUGUGUAAAUGGCAUUGCACUUUUACUUGGAAGAGUA